AUGCAGUCUUGUUUAUUCAUCUGUCUCUGUUUAUUCAUUUACAAUUGUUAUGCUCAUGAACAUCAGAAUCAUAUAGAUCCUGCGACAACUCAAUAUUCUCAAUCAGCUAUCAAUGUUGAUCCUCUUAGUAAACAUAUAGAAACUACAAAUGUUCAAAAAAAUGAAUUUCAACAAUCUAAUGAUGAUGAACAUGUGGGUGAUACAAUUGAAGCUCGUCUUCGAGCUAAACAUGAUUUAAGACAAUCAGUUCAUCAACAAAGUAUUGAUGAUAAAUCUGAUAAUGAACAAGAUUAUAUCAAUCGGUUAAAUUCAGCAUUGGAGAAGGAAUAUAAAAAGGAACCUGAAUCUCAACAUAUAACUCCGCCGAUAGUAGAUACUAUUCAUAAUGCACCAUCACAAAAUCAAAUAAAAGAAAACGUUGAAGUACCACCACGCAUACUAAACGAAACAACAUCUAGACAAACACCACAGGAACGACAACAGCAUACCAGCGAUGAACAACCAUCAACACAAGCACCACCGAUAAUUGAUACAGUGAAACAUGCUCAAAUUUUAGAUGAAAAAUUACAUUUGAAACCCGUUUCUAAUGAAAUUAUAUCUCCAACAGGAGUACAAACUAAUGAACAGCAACCAAUAGGUGUCAUUCAAGAGAAAGUAAUAAAAGAAGAUAUUUCAACUAUUAAUAAAGAAACUCUGCCGUCAACACAAUCUCAUCAACAAAACGAAACACUUAAUAUAGUGAAACCUAUAACUAAUCACAUUCCACCUUCUUCAGAUCAACAACAGUCAAUAGCCAAUGCAAUUAUAAAUCAAACAGUACCAAACAACAGUGAGCUUGAUGUUAAAUCUUCAUUUCCAACAUCAUCACAAAUAGAUCAAUCACAACAACUAAAAUCUGAUACAAUACAAAAAGUUAGUUCACCCGAUUCUAAACUAGAUCAGCAACAACCAGUACUUGAAACAAUACAAAACGGCCAUUCAUUAGAUCAGAAGUUAUCUUCUCCAACACCAAUAAAAGAAGACCAAAAGCCACAAAUAUACGAUUCGAUACAAACUGUUAAUUCACUCGAUCCUAAACCAGAUCGACAACAACCUGUACCCGAACCAAUACCAAACGCUCAUUCAUUAGAUCUGACUUUACAACAACAACAACAAACAUCCGAUACAACACAAAAUGCGAGUCCAGUACAUCAGAGUGCAUCUUCUCCAACAAUAAUAAAAGAAGAUCAAAAACAACAAAUAUCUGAUACGAUACAACAUGUCAGUUCAUCAAAUCAACAACAGUCAAGUUCAGAAACUCAACAACAUGUUGGCUCAUUAGAUCAAAAACAACAAACUCCAGAAACAAUACAAAAUACUGGUUCAAUAGAUCAUAAUACACCUUCAAUACAAGUAGAUCAACAAGCACAAGUCAUCAAUACAAUGAAACCAACAGAAUCAGUACCAACUAAUGUCAAAUCAGACAAUAUUUUAUCCGAAAACAAAGAACCUCCUACGAAUAUUCGAACAUCACCACCAUCAGCAAGAGUUUUACGUGGAGCAACAACAAGAACGACUCAAACUGCUCAAGGACGUCAUCGUCAUCUGCAUUCAAAACAAGAAGAACCAGAAAAGAUUUCAACUACAGAUUCAACUAUUGACACAACAUCUUCAACUACUAUGUCUACUAUUGAAUCAACAAAGGCUGCUACCAUUGCAGCAACAUUAUCAUCAACAAUGAUGCCUAUUGUGGAAUCAACACAAGCUGCUACAAUUGAAUCAACAUUAUCAUCAACAAUGAUGACUACUACCAUUGAACCAAUCCUAUCCUCAACAAUGAUGCCUAUUGUGGAAUCAACACAAGCUGCUACAAUUGAAUCAACAUUAUCAUCAACAGUGAUGACUACUACCAUUGAAUCAAUAUUAUCCUCAACAAUGAUGCCUAUUGUGGAAUCAACACAGGCAGCUACAAUUGAAUCAACAUUAUCAUCAACAAUCAUGUCUACUGUGGAAUCAACAUUAGCAUCAACAAUCACAUCUACUGUGGAAUCAAUUAAGGCUGCUACAAUUGAAUCAACAUUAUCAUCAACAACGAUGCCUACCGUAGAAUCAACAUUGCCAUCGACAAUGAUGCCUAUUACUGCACAAUCAAUCGAAGAACGUAUUGAUUCAGUUGAAUCAUCAUUAUUAGGACCAAAAGAACCUCACGUCGAAAUUGUUCAACAACCCAUAAUAGAUCUUAAUGUCAAUAAUGAAGUUCCAACGGAUAUUAAUGAACAAAAUAAAAAAUUCAACGAUGUUACCGAUCUUCCACGCCAAGUACAUGUUCAUGAUCCACAAGCAAUACUUGAUGAACUAGAAGAAGAAUCAAAUAAAAAUGAAAAACAAAAUAUUGAUAAACAAAUUGAAAGUCAUACAACUGUUGCUUCAUUUUUAGCUAAUGAUCAUAGUCCACAUUUACCACGUAUACUUGAAAAUGAACAAACAACACCAACUAUCGAUUCUACAAUUGAAACAAUGACAAAUACAAUUCAAACAAAUAGCAAUAGGAAUGAAAUAAAUCAACCUUUUACACACAGUGACUUGAAAGUUGAAAAAACAAAUAAUUCACCAACAUCAACAUCAAAUAACAGUAAAAGAAAAUUACCAAUUAUAUAUCCUCAAAUUUGUUGGCAUUUACCAAAUUCAUUUCAUCCAGUUUUUGAAUUAAUAGAAAAUCAAACAUUAGGUUUUGUUAAUCUCUUACCUGAAUUUAUUCAAACAACUUUAUUUGAAUAUAUAGAUAAUCGUGAAACAAUAAUGAAUACCGUAUGGUUUGGUUCAAUAUGUAGUAUGUGUUUUCUAUUUAGUUUUGUUUUUCUUUCAAUCGGUGCUACACAUUUAAAACACAAUAAACAAGACAAAAAAAUUCGUGCUCAAUGUCAACAACUUCAACAAUUUAAUAAUCAAAUUGAACUUGAACGUGCAACAUUUGAAAAACAAAAUCAAGAACUAUCUGAUCAAAUUGAUGAAUUAAGAAAACUACCAGUAUGUGAUACAGGUGAAGAAAUUUUUGAAUUACGUGAAAGAUAUGAACGUCUUCAUGCUGAUUGCAAUAUUGCACGAAAUGAAAAUGAUAUUUUACAAAAUGAUAUUGAUUAUAAAACAAGUGUAAUACAAAAAUAUGAAUUUGAUAUACACAAACAAGUUGAAACUAUUGCAUCUUUGAACGACGAAGUUCUUCGACAAAAACAAGAAUUAGAAAAAGAACAAGAAACUAUUAUUCGUUUACAAUCUACUGAUCUUUCAUUAGACCAUGUUGAAAAAUUAGAAGGAAUAAUUCAUGAACUUAAAUCUGAAAUAACACAAUUAAAACAAGACAAACUUAUACAAUUAGAUCAAUUAGAUCAAGUACAAGAACGUGCUAAUCAAUUAGAUAUUGAUAAUAAUCAAUUAACUAUUAAAAUGAAACAACUCAAAGAUUUACUUGAACAAAAAGAUGAAACUAUAGCACAAAUUCGAGAAAAAAUACUUAAUAAUGAUGAUGAUGAUGAUGAUGAUGAAGAUAAAACAACAGAAAUAAGUAAUUUACUUUCAACAGUAAAAGAAAAUAUGAAUGACAAUGAUCAACAAGAACUUUUAUCCAAUAUUGAUAAUGAUAUUGAAAAAGCUAAUCAACAUAUGCGUCAUUUACAUACUGAUAUUGAUGAAAAAACUCGUCGUAUUAAAGAACUUGAUUUAUUACUUAAUCAAGAAAAAGAUCGUUGUAAAGAACUUGAAACAAAAUUAAAAGUUGUUUUAGAAUUACGAGAACGUGAUGCUCAUUUACAUAUUCGUCAAUUAGGACAAACUGAUGCUGAAUUACGUAAAGCAAGAACAGAUACUGAACGUGUUAGAAUUUUACAACAACAAUUAGAAUUUAAACAAAAACAAUUAGAAGAUGUACAAAAAGUUCUUGCUAGUGAACAAACAAAAUUUAAUGAAGAAUCUAGUAAAUUACAACAUGAAACACAUGAAAAAUGGAUGGAAGUUAAACGAUUAACAAGAGAACUUGAUGGUUCAAGAAAAGAAUGUGAAAGUCUACGAAGACAAAUUACUAAAUAUGCAAACAGUGAACGUUUAUCUCAAGAGCAAACAAUGCAUAAACCAAUACCACAACAUAUCAAUAACAGUAGUCGAAUGUCAAGUGAACCAGAAAUAAGUAGUAAUUCUUCACCACUGCCAUAUCAACAAGGAGAAAAUUUUCGACCAAUUGAUCAUGAACGUAAUGAUUCAGGUGCUGCUAGUCCAGCUGAAAUGUUUAGAAUCCGACCACCUCUAUUUGGUUUAUCACGACCUCCAUUCUUUCCACCACCAUUUAUGCCUCCUCCACGUAAUCCAUUUAUGAUGGGUUCACGAUUUCCAAUGCCAGUUGGCGGUCCACAUGGAUUGAUAUCACCUAUUCAACAUUUAAUAACCAAUGGUAGUAAUGGUGGUAGUGAUGCCAAUAGUUUUGAAAUUGUUGAUUCCGUUAAUAUAACCCCAAAUUCAACUAGUUAUGAUGCACAACUUAAUGGAUCAGCUGCGUCACCUAUACCUAAUGACGAACAGCAAGCAACAACGAAACCUAAAAAACCGAAGAAAUCUUUGAAAAAAAAGACUAAAACGUCUACAACAACACCAGCGCCGACAGCGACAGAGGACAUUACUUUAUGA